AGUGGAGAAAUCCAAUUCUAGAACUUAAUAUUAAACCUAAACCCAAACCUAAUUGGUCUCGUAAAACCCACUUUGAUCCGGAGAACCCGCGGGACGGGACGACAAUAAAUUGUCAUCCUGCUCCCGUCUCCCUUGUAUUUCUUUCAACAAAGGCGCCCACUUUGAUCGUAUCGUGUUCUUGGCGAUGGCUUUGAAGUUCCUGAACAAAAAGGGAUGGCACACAGGGAGCCUCCGAAACAUAGAGAACGUGUGGAAAGCAGAGCAGAAGCACGAGGCCGAACAGAAGAAAUCGGAGGAGCUCCGCAAGCAGAUCCAGGAAGAGAGGGAACGCUCUGAGUUUCGUCUGCUCCAGCAACAAGCUGGCCUUGUCCCCACGCAAGAGAGGUUGGAUUUUCUGUACGAUUCUGGAUUAGCUGUAGGAAAGGGCAGCAGUUCCGAUGGAUUCAGGGCACUUGAGCUUGAAUCCUUCCCGAAGACCAAGUCUGAUCCUCAUACACCUUCCUCCUCUUCUUCUACCAAGCAGCAGCCUUCCGUGCCAGGAGCGUUGUUUGAUGAGAAGCCUCAUUCCUCAAAUGAUGCGUGGAGGAAACUCCAUUCUGAUCCUUUGCUUUUGAUUCGGCAGCGAGAGCAAGAAGCCCUAGCUCGUGUAAAGAAUAACCCCAUCCAGAUGGCCAUGAUUCGCAAAUCUGUGGAAGCAAAGAAGCACAAGGAAAAGAUUUGUGGGAGUAAAAAAUCCCAAGAUAAGCAUCACCGCAAGAAGUCAAAUCAUCAGAAACAUUCAUCACCUGGGCGCGACCUGGAUUCAGAAAAUGCUUCAGUUGAAAGGGAAGAAAGAAGGUACAGCAAUUGCAAUAGCUCAAAAUAUGAGCGCUCGGACAAGGUAGCUCCGUGGCUGGAAAGAGAAUUAAAUGAAAGGAAUACUGAAAGAAAGAGGAAUCUUGACGAGGAUAUAGAGCCCAAAAGGCACCCAGCUACUUCAAAGUCAGGCUCAGCAGCUAAAACUGGUGAAACUCAGGAUGGAAGCAAGAGGAAUUCUGACAAAUCAAAACGUAAAAAAGAUUAUUUGGAAGGCCAUUUGGAUACAGAUUCUGGUGGAAAGGGGAAGAAAGACCACCGUUCUUGUCAAGAAAGGCGGGAAUCUCAUCGUAGACACUGGCUUACUCCUUUCAAACUUUCUGAAGAAGAGAGAGCUGCUAGGUUGCAGGAGAUGCAAGUGGAUGCCAAGUUACAUGAAGACCAAAGAUGGAAACGUCUGAAGCAGGCUGAUGAAAAUGAUGCGCGGGAAGCUACCAGUUCGAGCAUGUAUAGUGGUAAGAACUUCUUGCAUGCUUCCCAAAGAAGCGUGUAUGGGGCUGAGAAUGGAGGAAGCUCCACCAUAGAGGAGAGCGUUCGCCGCCGGACACAUUAUUCACAGAGGAGGUCAGAAGCAAGUGAAGGCAAUGCCUUCCGCCGAUGAGGCACUACGCUAGUUUUCCUUCGAGGAUUUUUUUUCUUGUGCGACUCUCUAAUACUGGAAGCAUGUACCAAGCCUAAAAUUUGCCUGUACUGUAUUCUAGUCGGCUGCAAGGAGAGCUAAAAUUAGUUAAAAACUGGUGCUCAUAAGGGAAAGUUAGUUUAUGUACCCUUCACUUGCUGACAAGACGGGAAAGACCCGACUGUGGUACUCUAUCAAGGCUGUCCUCCUCGAAAUUAUUUUCCUUUUAUUGUCA